AACGGAAUCGAUUUAAAAUAAAAAAACAUACCUCAUAAAAAUGUCAACGGUAAUAAACCAAGAAGUGGCUGCACCACCGAGAAAACCCCCAACGAAAGCUCCCGAAAAGCUCGUGAGCUUGACACACUUGACAAAUCAAUAGGAUAAAGAACUUUAUGCCAGUCUUACUCAACGCGUACACAACAGGAUAACGGUGCAACCUCAUAGCUCUAUUCGCCUUUUAGUUAUUUGGUUCAUUUAAAGGGAAGUAGCCUCUCAAAAAGAGGUAAUCAUAAGGAGUAAUCUUCUAAAGGUAAUAAAACAGUGGUGGAAAUACGACAGCGAAGGAAACUUUAAACUUAUUGAGCAGCUAAUAUCGAUACGUGUAUAUAUCUGUAUUUUUAUGACCGCCCACGUACACACACAGACACAGCAAAAUGCGUGGACUCGUCGAGGAUACGAAGACCAAGUUGUCGUCCACGAACAACAACAAUACGAUCAGCAGCAGCAGUGGAAGUAGUCGCAUAAAGUCGGCCAACAAUGCACCAGUAUCCAGUGCCAGCGCCAGCAGUUCGAAGCCAUUAAGGAGUGCGGUGAAAACGCCAACAAUGAACAGCACGACGUCAUUGGCAGCAGGAGCGAUUGCGGCCAAGAAGGCGCCUCAAACGGGGCAACAACAAGUUGGCAAGUCUGCAAAGUCCUCGACAACAGCAGCAACCACAACUGGAGCAGCAACAAAAAAAACCCAAAAGGGUCAGAAUCCACCCCCACAACAACAAGUGCAACCGAAGCAGCAGCAGCAGCAGCAACAACAAAUACAGCAGCAACCCUUAGUGUUGCAACAGCAACAGCAGCAGCCACACCAGGCGAACAACAGCAGCAACACGAUUGCUCUGCCCAAAGCCUCGCAUGCCAACACCAGCGAGGAGUUGGCCGGCGGUGUCCAGGAUACGAUUUACCUGUGCAAUUUCCGGGUAUCCGUCGAUGGCGAGUGGUUGUGCCUCAAGGAGCUGCAGGACAUAGAUGUUGCCGGCGGAACAGGCAGCCAGGCGGUGCAGGCCAGUGAAAAAGUGGCUGGCGGUCCAUCCCAGUCGGGAUUUGCAUCCAAUUUCAAUUCGGGAUCCAACUCGAGUAAGCGGAACAGCAAGCGCUUCUCCGGCUUGUCCGCAGGAAGUGGCAAUGGCGGCGGUGGCAACAGCGGAGGAGGAGGCGCACUGGACAUCACGGACAAUGCCCGGGAUACGGCGGAAAUCGAGCGGAGCAACCUGGUGAACAUCUGCAAGCUGGUGGUCAAGGAGCUCCUGGAGCAAUCGCUGCGCUACGGUCGCAUGCUGGACUCCGAUCACCUGCCGCUGCAGCACUUCUUCAUCGUCAUCGAGCACGUCCUAGGACAUGGGCUGCGACCCAAGAAGGGACUCCUCGGUCCGCGCAAGGAGCUGUGGGACCUGCUGCAGAGUGUGGAGCACUACUGCCCGGAGGCGCAGGACAUCACGGCGAGUGUCAGGGAUCUGCCCACGGUGAGGACUCACAUUGGCAGAGCCAGAGCCUGGCUGAGGAUCGCGCUGAUGCAGAAGAAGCUAUCGGACUACCUGCAGGCGCUCAUCGAGCACAGGGAGGACUCCCUGUUCGAUUACUACGAGCCACAUGCUCUAAUGAUGAGCGAUGAGAUCGUUGUGAUAAUGGGCAUUCUAGUGGGCCUAAACGUGAUCGAUUGCAAUCUCUGUGUGAAGGAGGAGGAUCUGGACUCCCAGCAGGGCGUCAUCGAUUUUUCGCUCUACCUGCGUUCUAGUUCAAGGAAUGCCGACUCCGCUCCGGAGGACAAUGCUCCGCCUGCUUUGCUGGAUGCCACUGGACAGGGCAACAUGAUUGCGGUGCUGGAUCAGAAGAACUACAUCGAGGAGCUCAACAGGCAUCUAAACGCCACUGUGGGCAACCUGCAGGCGAAGGUGGAGUCGCUGACCACCACCAAUGCUCUGAUGAAGGAGGAUUUGGCCAUAGCCAGGAACAGUUUGUUGGCUCUUCAGGCUGAAAACCAGGCCAUGAGGCAGUCCACUCCGGCAGCGGAUAAUAACUCCACUGGCUCGGGAGGUUCCUCCGACAAGGAUAAGGAGAAGGCUUCCGAGGAGCUGAUUGAAGAGCGUCGCAAGACCAGCGAACUGGAGAAGGAGCUCAAGCUGCAGGUGUCCCUCAAGGCGGAGUCCGACAUGGCCAUGAAGCUCCUGGAGAAGGACAUCCACGAAAAGCAGGAUACGAUAGUCUCCCUGCGCCGCCAACUGGACGAUAUAAAGCAGAUCAAUCUGGAGAUGUAUCGCAAAUUGCAGGACUGCAAGGCAUCCUUGACGCACAAAACGGAGCUGAUGGGCAAGUUGGAGCUCCAAAAAGAGGAUAUGGCCAGCACUAUUGACCAGCUGGAGAAAAAGUGGACCCAUGACAAGAGCAACCUGGGCGAGAUCUUAAAGACCACGUCGCAAACCCUCACCACCCAGGUGACCGCCAGCGAAGAGCGAGCUGCUCGGGCGGAGGCCGAAUCCCGAAUCGAACGGGAGUGGCGCAUUUCCCUGCAGGAGAAGGAGCUGAAGCUCAAGGAGAAGAUUUCGAACCUGCAAGGUUGCCUCAAAGAACUGGCCGAGGAGAGGGAGAAGAACGGCAAGCUGAAGGCCGAUCUGGACAAGGUGCGAACGCAGUGGUCGGAGGCACAGACCACGCUCGAGGAGCUGGGCAUCCAGUUGAGCGUGAGCAAGCUGAAGGUGUCGGAGAUGCAGGAUCAGGAGCGUCGCCAGCGACAACUGCUCUCCGGAUCCGCUCAAUCACUGCAGGCCAUGCCGGAGGCGGUCGGGAGUCCCGGAAUCUGGGCACCCGACUCCAUCGCUACCCAUUGUACUGCCUGCGAGCGGGUGUUCAACCUGACGCGGCGCAAGCACCACUGUCGCAGCUGCGGCGAAAUCUUCUGCAAGGCCUGCUCGGAGCACACCCUGCCCCUCAUCAAUGCCCAGGGUCAGCCGGGGAAACCAGUGCGAGUGUGCGAUAACUGCUACGCCGCCAAAUGAUCAUGCAUUAUAUGUUAUCAUUACGCUUGACUAGAAAUCGCUAGGCGUUGUGUAACCUCUGAAAAAUUCUAUACAUUUAAAUUUAAAUAUACGUUUUUUGUGGGCUUUGUGGAAUGUUAUAGUGUGCUCUUAUUUUAUCCACAAAGGAGUAACGUUAUUUUGCUAAAAAAUGAAAAUACCACUUCACCUAGCGAUACAACUAUUUGACUUUAUAAUGUACAUUGAUUAAAUUUUAUAACAAUUAUAAUAAAACUUGUGUCAAACAAUUUGUACAUAUUAAA